AUGUUGCCAAAAUCCAUCAUCGCUGUAGGCACUGUCCUGACGGGCAUUGCCUCUAGCCAAGCGACCUCUCCGCCCAAGUACCCUUCUCCAUGGAUCAACGCGGACUUUAACUGGGACGAUCCUUCUCCCGUUCCGACCAGCGGUCGAACUUGGGCAGAGGCCUAUGAUAAGGCUGUCCAGUUCGUUAGCAAACUCACUCUUCUAGAGAAGGUUAACCUGACGACUGGUGUUGGUUGGGAGGGCGGAAGAUGCGUAGGAAACACUGGAUCAAUUCCUCGAAUUGGAUUUCCAGGCCUAUGUAACCAAGAUUCGCCCCUUGGUGUUCGUGACACGGACGAAAACUCUGCCUUUCCAGCUGGAAUGAAUGCGGCGGCAACUUGGAGCCGGAGUCUAAUGUACGCACGAGGUGCGGCUAUGGGAGCUGAGCAUCGAGGAAAAGGCGUGGAUACCCAACUGGGACCUGUAGCAGGACCCCUUGGCCGUACACCUGAGGGUGGCCGAAAUUGGGAGGGUUUCAGCCCUGACCCGGUGCUCACUGGAGUUGGAAUGGCUCAGACAGUUCAGGGAAUUCAAGACUCUGGCGUGAUUGCCUGUGCGAAGCAUUUCAUUGGCAACGAGCAGGAACAUUAUCGCCAAGGCGGUGCUUCCCAGAAGACGAACGGACAGAACAACAAGCUAGCAGAAUCCUCCAACAUCGAUGACGUUACGCUCCAUGAGCUAUAUCUCUGGCCCUUUGCGGAUGCAGUUCGUGCUGGAGUUGGGUCCAUCAUGUGCUCAUACAACCAGGUCAACAACAGCUACGCAUGUCAAAACAGCUACAUGCUGAACUAUAUUCUCAAAGAAGAACUGAACUUUCAGGGUUUUGUCAUGAGCGAUUGGUGGGCACAGCAGUCUGGUGUUGCCAGCGCCCUGGCUGGUCUUGACAUGACCAUGGCCGGAGAUCAGGGUUUGGCAUCUGGCAACACUUACUGGGGAAGCAACCUUACCGCCGCUGUUAUUAACGGAACCGUUCCCCAGUGGAGGCUCGACGACAUGGUUGUGCGAAUCAUGACUUCUUACUACAAGAUUGGCCGUGAUGUUACCAAGGUCCCUGUCAACUUCGACUCUUGGAGCUUGGAGACCACCGGCCCAAUCUACGCACAGGAUCCUAGCAAGGGAACGACGACCAUCAACCAACAUGUGAAUGUGCAAGCCAACCAUAAGAAACUCAUUCGCCAGAUUGGUGGUGCCUCAACUGUCCUUCUCAAGAAUACCAAGAAGGCGCUGCCGUUGAAGAAACCCAAGAGCAUCGCCGUCAUUGGAAACGAUGCCCAUGAUAACCCAGCUGGUCCCAAUGCAUGCAGUGACCGAGGCUGCUCCAACGUCAAGAACGGCUAUCCCAUCUGGACCCUUGCUAUGGGCUGGGGAAGUGGCACUGCCAACUUCCCAUACUUGAUCAGUCCUGUUACUGCUCUUGCCGCCCAGGCCGAGCAGGACAAGACCGGCUUUAGAAACGUCAGCAACAACUAUGACACAAAGGCUAUCAUCAAGGCAGCUACGGGUUCGGAAGCCGCUAUCGUGUUUGUCAACGCUGAUAGUGGCGAAGGCUACAUCACUGUCGACGGUAAUCAGGGUGACCGAAACAACCUCACCGCCUGGGGUAACGGCGACGCCAUGGUCUCACUGGUUGCACAGCACAACCCAAAUACCAUCGUCGUCAUGCACACUGUAGGACCCAUCAUUGUGGAGGCCUACAAGAACAACCCCAAUGUUACUGCUAUCCUCUGGGCUGGUCUCCCUGGCCAGGAGUCUGGUAACUCCAUCACUGACGUUCUCUAUGGCAAGGUCAACCCACAGGCAAAGUCUAUAUUCACUUGGGGCAAGGACCGCGCUGACUGGGGCACCGAUGUCAUUUACACCACUGCCGAUGACCCCGUACAGAUCCCAUACACGGAGGGAAACUUCAUUGAUUAUCGUCAUUUUGAUGCCGCCGGCAUUGAGCCAAGUUACGAGUUUGGUUUUGGUCUCAGCUACACUACUUUCACCUAUUCCGAUCUUCGAAUUGUCAAACACAAGGUCCGCAAGUAUACACCCAACAAGGGGAAGACGUCAUCUGCACCCACAUUUGGAACUCUCAACAAGAAUCCCGCCAAGAAUGAGUUCCCCAAGAACAUUGACCCAAUUAACCUCUACGUCUACCCAUAUCUUGAAGGCCCCGUUCCCGAAGGACAGCCAGAAGACGUCCCUCCAGGAUCUCAGGAUAGCUCGCCCCAGAAGGUUGCCCCUGCUGGCGGCGCUCCUGGUGGAAACCCUGGCUUGUACGAUGUUCUCUACACCGUCACAGCCCAAAUCGAAAACACUGGAAAAGUGACGGGUACUGAAAUUCCCCAACUGUAUGUGAGCCUGGGUGGCCCGACUGACCCUGUCCGUGUUCUGCGAGGAUUUGAUGAUAUUGAGAUCCUUCCUGGACGAUCUGCCACUGUCACUUUCCAGCUGACCAGACGUGAUCUAAGUAACUGGGACUCAGCAAGCCAGAACUGGGUCAUCUCUUCCUACCCCAAGACCGUCUAUGUAGGAAGCUCAUCAAGGACUUUGCCCUUGAGCCAGGUUCUUCCUUAG